AUGUCUAUGAUGCCCAAAGAUACCGGUAGCUCUAUACCCGAUAGCAGUCAAACCGGACUGGUUGGUGAGCCAGGCGUAUCGCUAUCCCUGCCAGUGCAAGAGGGCUGUGAGGAACGGUCCAAUACACAACCAUCGCAGAAGCAGCUAGAGUCAACAAACACAAACACAUCCUCCGUCCAUUUGGAAUCUAGCUUGCUCGCACUGACUCACCUUCUGGACAUUGGCAUUGACAAUGAUAAUGAAGUUGGUGUUGGCCUUGUUGGUAAGCGUCUGAUCCUCCAGCAAGAAGACGAAGAGCGUGCCAGGAGAAACGGAAGUGUAGCAACCACAAAUUCCCAAGCAACAAGACGCCACAACUCUGAUACCGGUAUCCUGGGCAUGGUUGGAAAACUGUUGGUCCUAGAGCAAGAAGAAGCUCAAGAAGCCGAAGCAGGUAGUCCAUACUCGGAGAGGAAUCCAGUACCGAGAGAACCAGGAGUGGGGGAAACUCCAACAGCUCCAGCUCAUUUGCGUAGGAACCGCAAGGUGCGUACCGGUAGCACUCUUCCAGGGGCAGUGUCAGUGCAAGGGAUUCAGUGGCAACAGCAGCAACAGCGGCAGGUUCCAUCACAAGCUGUAGCAUACUCUUCCGAGUCCGAACUUGACAUUUCAAUUCAUGACAAUCAUGCAGAAGAAUUGGCGGAAGCAGAGGCAGUGGAUGAUGUGGAACAGCCCCAGACUGUGGCUCAUCCUUCAAUAGAUGGCACCCACAGAAGGGAAACCAUUACUCAGAAGUAUCAGGUUCGCUUUGCUGGGUUUCUGCUCUUGCUCUUGCUCGGUUGUGGCAUCAUUAUUGGUUCCAUUUGCGGGGCUGGCUUAUGUGGCAGCAGCAAUGAUUCUGUUGAGCCUUCAAAGACUUCCAGAGAUAUUCUCCAGGCACCCAAAAUGGGAAGUGUCAUUACUGGCAUCCUUGGACAGGACUACUUUGAUGGCAUUGAAGAAUUUGGUGAAAGCAAUGAUCAUGAUGGAAGUCAGUUCUUGCAAGAGACAAGACAGAAAGCUUUGGAUUGGAUGGUUAAUCAGGAUCCACGGCAAUUGGAAUAUGAUGCUCCCAAUCUUGUUCAGAGAUUCCUUUUGGUGCUCUUGUACUAUCAAACCACGAGGCACAAGCCAUGGAAGGAUUGCAAUCCACCAUCAACUUCUCAAGCGAGUGCGUCAGUUAGGUUCUGCUAUGAACCUGACCGUAUCACAGGCGAAACAACCAGCAACAUCUGGGGGGAUCAGUGGCUCUCUGCCAGUCAUGAAUGCCAGUGGGCUGGGGUCACUUGUGAGAUGGGACAAAGUAAAGAGAGCGAGGUUGUGGAACUGGUGCCUUGGUGGAAUCAGCUCAACGGCCCUCUCCCAUGGGAGAUCACACGAUUGCCACAGCUGAAACAACUUGUGUUAGGAGGCAACUUGCUGACUGGAUUGCUACCUCCAGUUCUCCUGUCCAAAGAAUCCAGCCCCCUCUUGAAGGCUCUCCAGUUGGACAACAACCAACUCUCAGGAACCAUCCCUGCAAGAUGGUUUGAAGGAACUGAAACACUUACGAAACUUGAUAUCUCUGCAAACAGACUGACUGGCCGAAUCCCAUCAGAAGUGGGGUUAUUCCCUUUGACGUACCUGUAUCUAGACCACAAUUCAAUGACAGGGUCUCUGCCACUGGAACUGUUCUAUCAGGGCUCUAUUGAGUGGCUAUUGUUAGGUAACAAUGAUCUUACUGGUAUCCUGCCAAGUGAAGUUGGGUUGUUGACAAACCUGAAUUACCUUUUCUUGAGUGGCACAAGUCUAUCAGGAUCCCUGCCUUCAGAGAUUGGUCUGGCAAGCCAAAUGCAAGAGUUGGGGGUUUCCUACACCAACAUGCAAGGGACACUCCCUGAAGAAUUGUAUGGACUCACGGGACUUUAUGCUUUUACAGGCAGUGGCUGCAACUUCUCUGGGACCAUCAGUUCAUCGCUUGGUCUUUUGACAAAUCUUUAUGUUCUGGAACUAGCCAACAACAACUUCCAUGGCACUCUUCCCAAUGAGAUCCAGGCACUGACAACGCUGAGACGUCUACUGGUGAAUGGGAAUCAGUUUACUAGCACUGUUCCAGUGGCUGUGUGCCAGAAUCUGUAUGCCGAGGGGAUACAGUCCAAGGUUGUGGCUGACUGCUUGCCGGAUUCAGAAACUGGAGUUCCUGCCAUUCAGUGUUCUUGCUGCACUAGCUGUUGUGACAAUACAGGAUAUUGCCUUGCCCAUUGA